AUGGGAGCUUCAGCAUCAAAACCAACAGAAACAAAAGUCUUCACUCCACAAACACCAGUUGAUUUUAGUCCUUCUUUAGUCUCACAAUUGGAAAAAUCUGUGGAGACUGAUUAUACACGUUCUCAAUAUACAGAAAAAUAUUUAGAAGAUAAAGUUAAUGAAAAAUUAGAUGUUUUAUUAAAAGAUUCUCAAUUAAAAUUUGAUGAAACUUUAAAAAAUUCUAUAUUAAAUAAAGAUCUUGAAAAAGAUUCAAAUUUAUCAACUUCUAAAAUUGAUGAAAAAAUUUCAAUUUUACAAAAAAAUUUAAAUAAUAAAGAAUCAAAAUUUAUUAAAUUAUCUGAUGAAUUAAUAAAAUCAAAAGAAUCUGUUUCUUCAUGUUUAAUUCAAAAUAAAGAAAAACCAUUAAAUUGUUGGGAUGAAGUUAAAAAUUUUGAAAAAUUAGUUAAUGAAUUAAAAUAA